AUGCCGACCAAGUCGCUAUUCGAGCUCUGCACCGUCGUGUGUCUGAAGCACAUCAAAGAAAUCACCGACAUCGGUCUGACGCCCUAUCCGGCCGUCCGGCGGAUCCUCCUGAACAUCAACAGCGCGUCACAACUGCGACAGCUCGAGCUCGCCUCGCCGCACCUCGAAGGAGACGACGCGGAGUGCUGGAUCCGGCUGAUCGACAAGGACUUCCCCGUCCUCUCCAAGAAGCACAACUUUGAGCCCAGGAACCCAGCCUCAUGGCACAAGGUGUACUCCAAGUACCAGCGGCUCGAGGAGGAGACGAAGCGCGCGGCCGAGGAGAAGCUCAAGAGCGCGUUCGCGGGGAUCAACAAGGAGAAGGCCAGCAAGACGUCGUCCGUCGUCGACUUUGACCGGCGCAAGCUGCCCAAGCUCCCCAAGGAUGGACGGGGCCUGGCUGGCGUGCGUAGGGUCAAGGGCCAGCCGGUCGCCUCGACAAACGGCCUGCGGUUCACGGGCGGCACCAAGACCAAAGUCACCGACGCCAAGAGCAUCAUGCGCAAGGCGCGCCGCGAGGCGGCUGCCAUUGGCGCCCGCAACAGGCUCGACACCAACUCGGCGAAUCUGCGUAGGGACCAACUGCAGCAGGCGCCCAAGGGGUUGGUGAACGAAUACAAGCUCAAAGCACGGCCCGUAGAGAGAGGGAUGCCGUCUGCGGGAGGCAGGAUCGCGACUGGGAUUAUGCGACCGCCUGUGCCGUCUGUCAAGCGGAUAGACCGGGACCUCGAGGAGCGCGAGGCCCGGCUGCGGAAAAUGACGAGCUUGGCCAAUACGAGGCGCAACACGACUGUCGUUUCGGACGACGAGCUAGAUGACGAAGAGGACAUUGGACAUAUUCGACGAAAGCCCGGCGCGGCCGUCAUCACAAGUGCGAACCUCGUCCUCCUCACGGCUGCCCUCGUCAUCGUCGAGUCGGAGACCAGGUGGGGGUGGUCUACUAUCAAAUGCCCCGGGCGCUGGGAGCAGAUUAUCAACCACGGCGUCUUCUUCAAGCAGACCGAGCAAUACUUUCAGGCCUGGUGCACAGCAGCACUCUUCGCCGCCGCCGCCAGUGUCACGGAGCAGCAACAACUCCCCGGCAAAGCCAGCCUCGGGUUCAUCGUCAGCAGGGCCGUCAGUGUCCCGAGGAGCACCACCACCACCAUCAGGAGCAUUACUGCAGCGUAA